GAUAUUUUUAGAAAUUGUGAUAAAGUUGGUAUUCCUCUAAUAUGACACACGCAAAGCACAUACUCAGGUUGCAAACGGUCUAAUAACUUAAUACAGCUGUGCUGAAAUGGCUACUGGUAGAACUGCCAUUGAACUUGAGACAAAGAAAAAAGAAGGCUAUUACCUAAGAUUACAUCUGUUGGUGGUGAAAUAUGGAACUCCAGUUCUAAGAGCCAGGUUUGAUCACACUAUACCACCAGCCCAACUGCACCAAACGCUACAGCAGUUAAUCAGGACAAUCAAUUAUGCAAAGAAGAAUAAUAUAAUCAGCAGAAAGCAGCAUAGUCUGUUAUACCCACAGUAUGCCCCUCCGACUUCAAACGACUUUGAUGUUUCCUUGCUUGUUUAUCUGCUUAGACAUACGUGUGGACUAGACAGAAGAUCAAAGUGGUGGAGCGAACAAGAUAACGGUAAUAUACCAGACACAGAAACUUCUGAAGAAGCAGAUAUUGUUAGAAUAAGAAAUAUAAGAAAUGAGACUCAACAUUCCCAGGAGGCAGAAAUUGAUCAAACUGUUUUUGAAAACAAAUGGGACAUAAUAGAAAAGGCAAUGUUACGUCUUGGAACAACAAGUGGAAUGCUAAGCUUAUCGCAUGACAUUACAAUUAUCAGAACAGACCCACUUGAUAUUGUCAAGGAGAAGAUAACCUACAUUCUACAACCAUCUGAUGACGAUUACGAUUAUGAUCCUUACGACCAUAAUGAUGAUUCACAAGACGAUUACGACCAUUAUAACGAUGAUCAAGAUGAUUACGACCACAAUGAUGAUUCACAAGACGAUUACGAUCAUUAUAGCGAUGAUCAAGAUCAUUACGAUCAUUAUGAUGACACCGAUCAUUAUAGCGAUGAUCAAGAUGAUUACGAUAAUUAUGAUGACACCGACCAUUAUAGCGAUUAUCAAGAUGAUUACGACCAUAGUGAUGAUUCACAAGACGAUACCGAUGAUCAAGAUGAUUACGACCACAAUGAUGAUUCACAAGACGAUUACGAUCAUUAUAGCGAUGAUCAAGAUGAUUACGAUAAUUAUGAUGACACCGAUCAUUAUAGCGAUGAUCAAGAUGAUUACGAUAAUUAUGAUGACACCGACCAUUAUAGCGAUUAUCAAGAUGAUUACGACCAUAGUGAUGAUUCACAAGACGAUUACGACCAUUAUAGCGAUGAUCAAGAUGAUUACGAUAAUUAUGAUGACACCGACCAUUAUAGCGAUGAUCAAGAUGAUUACGACCACAAUGAUGAUUCACAAGACGAUUACGACAAUUAUAACGAUGAUCAAGAUUAUUACGAUCAUUAUGAUGACACCGAUCAUUAUAGCGAUGAUCAAGAUGAUUACGACCACAAUGAUGAUUCACAAGACGAUUACGAUCAUUAUAGCGAUGAUCAAGAUCAUUACGAUCAUUAUGAUGACACCGAUCAUUAUAGCGAUGAUCAAGAUGAUUACGAUAAUUAUGAUGACACACAAGACGAUUACGAUCAUUAUAACGAUGAUCAAGAUGUUAGCGAUGAUGAAGAUUUUUACGAUCAUUAUGAUGAUUCACAAAACAGUUGCGAUCGUUUUAUUGAUUUCUUCGACAAUAGACAGAGCGAGUGUGCCAAGUGUGAAGGAUCUGAUUCACAUGUUUUCAGAAAAAUAAGGGAUGAAUGGAGAGUUACCAAAAGCGAAGAUGUCAUCUUCCUAUUGACAUGCAUGAUAGCUUUAAUGGGUGCAGUUAUUAUGAUUUUGAUUUCAAUUAUUAUAGUUCUAUCUGACAGCAAUACGAAAACAUUUUCUUAG